AUGGUGACAAUGCGCGAUGACCGCACGCACCCGCUCCUGGCGCAGGUGCCCCUGACCGUGUCGCCCUUCGUCUCGCUCCCGACGGCCGCGACGCUGCCGUACACGUACAAGGCGAUGCCGUCGACGCUGCCGGCGCCGGCGAGCGGCGUGACGGGCGCGUCGGACGAGAAGGUGCGGUACGUGGUGGCGCCGCAGUCGGGCCACGCGGCGCACCCGGACGACAUCGUGGCGUCGUGCCGCGCGCUGGGCGCCCACAUCGCGCGCGUCCAGGACGAGUCGGAGCGCCUCCUGCGCGAGCUCGACGCCCGCCUGCGCGCUCGCGACCUCGCCGAGAAGCGCCGCGUCGCCCCCGGCUGGCUCGACAGCGACGCCCGCCUCCUCCAGCCCGAGCGCAAGGCCGCCGCCGCCGCCGCCGCCGUCGCCGGCCGCUUCGCCGAGAUGAGCAUCGCCGACCUCGACGGCCCCGUCUCCGCUAUCAGCGAGAUGGCCGUCGACCAGGGCGAGGAGCUCGAUCGAGCUUUCGGCGGCAAGUGA